AUUUUUAAUUGUGUUUARAUUCUUCUUUCUAUUCCCUCUACAAAGACAUAUAAGUGCAGACAGGAAAAUGAGUCUCUAUAAAAAUAUUUUAUUGCUUUUCUUGUGCAGGUCAUUGCAUUUUUAGGUAUAACAUAAUAACAUAUAACAUAACCUUGUUACAGUCUUGUCUAAUUUACAGAUUAUCUAAAAGUUUACUUACCACGUGAUUAAAGCAUAAAUAUUUCAUAAAAUGUAUGAUCCCACAUAGUCAAAAAUUGGAAAUGUACUCAAAUAUUGCUGCUUCUCAUGCCUGUUUUUUGGACCUCUUCUAGUAAAUAUAACUGACUUAAAAUCAUUUUGCAUAAGAUAUCAGGAAAAAGAAAAUCUAUUAACUGGUUUAGCUACAGCUCUACUGUUUCUCAAGCAAUGCAAUGUAUGUUGCCCAUAGCAGGGCAGAUUCACUUGCCUCCCUAAUGAGGUUGAAGUAAAGGAUGAUGCAGUCGAAUCAUUCACGAGCUGUCAAAAGCAAAGAGCAGCAAUGGGUGAAAUGGAAAAGUUUAAAUGAAAAAUGGUAACUAAACAAGUGGGCAGGAUUAAUAUAUUUUAGAAAUAUAURUUCAAGAAUUGAAUAAAAUAACCAUUAAAAAUGAAAAUAUUUCACUUGUGCUUAUGUGCAACACUUGAUCGUUGUGAAAUGCUAAGAACUUUUACAACAGAGGGGAUGAUACUGAGUGAUGUCUUGCAUGGAGCAAGGCCUCAUGUGUGGAGGAGGAGCGGGGAUUACCCAAACCCUCCUAUUUAGAAGCCAUGUUGCUCCCUGUCGUAGAAGGGACCACAUAUUGCGUCUGGAAGUGGUUUUACCCGCUUUAUUUCAGCGAUGGGAGUCGCAAGCGGAUCUGCAGUGAAAGCCCAUUCCACAGGCACAAGGGAGAAGUUGAUGGUUCCAAUACCUUACACACGUACACUGUGAAUGGAUGUGGAGAUAGCAUGUUGGUGACUGAAAACUUGAUAUUAAGCCAGAAUAAAGUAGCAUGUAAAGUAUGAGGAAGAGAGUCAUCUUCCAAAUGGUUUAUUAGGAGAUGUGGAUAUGUCUGUAACUASAUGACUGUACUAGAGGAAGGGGCCCCCUUCUCUGAGAAGRAAUCUAACAUUUAUUUUGCAAUUUUUGCUUUAUUUUGCUUCAAGCUUUUAAUUAAGAUUUCCUUGGCUCUGCUGACCCAUUUCUAUAUUGUUAAAGGCAACAGAAAAGAGGCUGCCAGGAUAGCAGAAGAGAUCUAUGGAAUAGUCCCAGGUAAAGGCAGCUGGGCAGACAGGUCACCGCUGCACGAUGCCGCCUUCCAAGGACGCCUCCUGUCUUUGAAAACCUUGAUUGCACAGGGAUUCAACGUGAACCUCGUGACCACUGACCGCGUGUCAGCUCUCCAUGAGGCUUGCCUGGGUGGCCAUGUGGCCUGUGCAAAGGUGCUGCUAGAAAAUGGUGCUCAGGUGAACGCAGUCACUGUGGACGGGCUCACCCCUCUGUUCAACGCCUGCUGCAGGGGCAGCGUGGCCUGUGUCAACAUGCUGCUCGAGUUCGGGGCCAACCCACAGCUUGGGAAUCACCUUGCUUCACCUCUUCACGAAGCUGUAAAGAGAGGUCACAGGGAGUGCAUGGAAAUCCUUCUGGCCCACGAGGUGGACAUUGAUCAGGAAGAUGUGCAGCAUGGGACACCGCUUUACGUGGCUUGCACUUACCAGAGGACAGACUGUGUCAGGAAGCUUUUGGAGCUAGGAGCCAACGUCAACGUGGGUAAGCGGCUGGACACCCCCCUCCAUGCUGCAGCAAGGAAAUCCAAUGUGGAAGUUGUCAUAUUGCUGACUGACUAUGGUGCUAGCCUGAAAUGCAGAAAUGCUGAUUUCAAAUGUGCACUGGAUCUUGCUGCACCCAACAGUAAAGUGGCACAGGAGCUCCUGCUUCGGGAAGGUCCUGCCAGCCUUGCCCAGCUGUGUCGGUUGUCUAUCAGGAAGCAAUUGGGUCGAUCGUGUCUAUAUGCAGUCCACAAGCUGCACCUGCCUGAGCCACUUGAGAACUUUCUUCUGUAUCGAUAA